UAAGCAAUAAUCACAGACUGCGAAAACAGCCGCUCGCACCACAUCGCAGUCAAAGCUGGAGCGAAGAGUAUAAGACAAGUUAAAACCGAGUCAAUUUGGUGAUGACGCGCUUCCCUCUGUGAGAAACACGAAAAGGAGGGAGGGAUUGAGUUUAACCUAAACCCUCCCAAACCCCAAAAGAACAGCUCUCAUAGAUAUAGAAUGCGCGGGUUGAGAAAAUUAACCUCUCUAUUUACAAAAGUUCCUCAGAAUUUUGCAAGAAAUUCUGAUUCGACUGCAACCACUGCUGAAAAAUCAACCCUAGUUAAAGGAAAAUCUCCAUCCAAGAAACCCCAAACUCUUGGUGAUGGUGCUACAAACACAGAUUCAUUAGGUUUCGAUUCGCAAGACCAAGACUUACAAAUACCAUGGGGUGGAAUUGGAAAACCCACAAAUCUUCAUUACAUGCAGAGUAGGAAGGUUAUUGCACGUGAAAGAAAACAGAAGGUCGUUUACAAGAACACCAUGCAUAGUCGGUUUGCUGAUAUUGUAAAUUUAUGUGGAGAUAAACUGGGUGCAGAUGAUACACUUGACAUCUUUGGUAAGCUUGGGCGAGAUACUGGUUUGAAAGAAUAUAAUGCAUGUAUAGAAGUUUGCAUAAACAGCGCUAAGAAGAGUUUUGAUGAAGAGGAAUCUUUACAGCGCAUAUAUAACGCUUAUCAAAUCUUGAGAGCUAUGAAAGAACAUGGGGUCCAGAUUAAAGAAACAACCUAUGGUCCUUUACUCAGAUAUUUUGUCGAAACGGGGAUGGUUGAAGAGUUCGAAUUCUUCAGUAAGUUUAUCACAGAAGUGAAUCCUGGUGCAUUUUCUAGAGUAGGUUACUAUGAAAUGCUGCUCUGGACUAAAGUUGGCAAUGAAAACAAAGUUCAGGAGCUUUGCAACUCAAUUGGAGUUGAUAAUGUUGGAUGUGAACUCACAGAAAGCUAUUUGCUGGCAUUAUGCGAAAGGGACAGGGAUGAAGAGCUUGUGAAAUUGUUGAGUGUUAUCGAUGUCACAAAAGUUUCAUCACAAGACUACUUAUCAAAUAUUUUUGAGUCUCUGGGAAAGCGCAAGUUGAAAAAUUUCGCAGAGAAAUUCAUUUUCAGCCUCAGUUAUAAUCUGGUUGAGGACGCCAUAUCUGAAUUCGAGAAGCUGCACGAGAAGUUUCAUGUUCCACCCUCAUCCUUUUCAUAUGAGGAGCUUUUCAGAUACUGUUGUAAAUUUCGAGAGGUGCAUGCAGCCCUUGAUAUUGUUGAUAAGAUGGAUGAAUUGGGCUUCCCUCUCUCUCUUGAAAAAUUCCAUCAACUUUUAGAUGCAGUUGAGGAGAUCCGUGAGCUUGAUUUGGUUCGUCCAGUAUAUUCACGGAUUUGUCGCCAUAACUCGGAUCCAAGUUCCGAAACGUUUAGGAGGAUGAUAAAUUUGUUGGUUAGAAUGAAAGAUUUUGAAGGUGCUUACAACAUGCUAAGUGAUAUGGAAGAAAUGGGCAUAAGGCCUACGACAGUUAUGUACAAUGCCAUAAUGGCAGGAUACUUCAGGGAGAAAAACAUUCGUGGUGGGUUGAUGGUUCUCAACCAGAUGAAAAAUGCAGAUGCAAAACCAGAUUCUCUGACAUACAGCUAUCCAAUAGCCAAUUGUGAAUCUGAAGAGGAUCUUGUUAAGUACCGCGAGGAAAUGCAAUCUUCUGGUAUUCAGCAUACAAAGCCGGUUUACAUGGCAACUAUAAACGCCCAUGUGAAGUUUGGGCAGUUUGAGAAGGCAAAGAAGGUAGUCGCUGAUCUAGUGUCAUCACAGUGCAUAAAUGAAGUUAAGAGUGUGCUUGUAUCAGCUCUUGCAAGUCAUGGGCAAUUUUCAGAUGCACUUCAACUUUAUAAAGAAAUCAAGCAGACUGGAUCGCGAGUGGAGCCAAAGGCUAUAUUAAGCCUGUUUGACUAUUUUCAAUCUGAUGGAGAGUUGGAUCUAUUGAUGGAUCUGCUUGGGGAGUUGAGUGAUUCAGACUAUUGGUUUGAUGGCUGUGAAAGGAUCAUCCUAUAUUGUGUUCGCCACAACCUUCUCAGUUCCGCGGUUGACUUACUCAAAAAACUGAAAGACAUAGAUGAUCUGUCUUCAUAUGAUGUUGUCAAUCAGGCCUUCGCCUAUCUUUCGGAGGCAGAACCUACAGCAGUAGAGGUUGGACUCGAUUUUCUAAGAGCUAUUAAGGAAGAGGUUGGUCUACAUCCUUCCCGCACUAGCCUUGAUUUUCUUCUCUCUGCUUGUGCAAGUGCCAAGGAUGCCAAGCGUGCUUGGUUAAUCUGGGAAGAAUAUCAGAAAGCUGGUCUUCUUUACAAUGUAUUAUCUUACUUAAGAAUGCAUCAAGUCCUUUUGAUUUGUGGAGAAUUUGAGGCUGCAAACAUUAUGUUGAAGAAUAUAGCAACAGAUGACCCGCAUGUCCGAUGCAUCAUCCAGCGAUCUGCAGCGAUUUUUGGAGCUUCCAAAUGUAGGAGUUCCAAGAAGAACAAGAAGAAGAAAAAGAAGAAAAGCAUCGCAAGUGUUAUGUAAUGUUGAUCUGAUGGUAAAUGCAUUGUUAUUUAACAAGAGCAAAUUUGUAAUUAUGAUUUUUUUUUUUUUUUUUUGGCUCUUGUUAUUCAAACAUUCCCACUGUAAUCUGAACUGCGGAAAUGAAAAUCGAUGGUUGUAACAAAA